AUGGCGCUGCUGAUUCUCCCAUCGUUGACGCGGCAGGAGGCCGAGUCGACGGGGUCACAGCGGCCGGCUACGGGUCUGGCCACGCCGGGUGUUAUCACGAUGUUGCCGACGUCGGGGCUGGCUACGCAGCCGCUGCAGCCGGCGUCGCCGGUUUUGCAGCUGCAGGAGCAGCAUGGCACGGCCACGGUGGGCAUGCAGCAGCAGCAGCCGGGUUCGGCACGCGCGACGUGGCAGCCGCAGUGCACGAUGACGGUGUCGUCGAGGAAGCUCCUGGCCACGCCUGUGCUUCAACCGACCUCGCCGAGGGCGCAAGUGCAGCAGCCGGACACGCUGCUCGCGGCGCAGCAGCAGCCGGGCAUGCCGUCAUCACUCGCGAUGCAGCCGGCCUCGCCGCGUGAGGAGCAUCACCAGCCGGCCUCGACGUCCGCGCCACCACAGCAGUCGUCUUCGACACUCUUGGAGACGACGUCGGAGGAGGGGUCCCCUUGUACAUCGUCAACUACAUCCACGCCUACAGGGGCAUCUCCACCGCGGUCAGGAUCGGUGCAGGGGGCUACACCGCCUCCUACCCCUGCAUCGAUCGACUCGGCGCCCGCCUCGUCGGCGACUUCUCCACGCUCGAGUUCACCAUCGCUGGUUCCCACCUUGCAGCAGCCUUCUCCCACUAUUAUCCCAUCUGUUGUUCAGCCGACGGUGCAGAGGAGUGGGAGGUAUGCGCUUGCAGAGGACGGGACCGGGGUCACGGAUGAGGACGUCAUGCAGAGGGCCAUGCGACGUAAGGCGGAGAUUAAUCUCGACACGGCAGGUACUAAACAUCCGUCCAAGUCUUUUACUUCUUUUUCUAAUUCGCGUAUUUCUUCUAAUUUGAGUACCCUUGGGGUCUCAUUGGGUAAUACAUCCGAUGAGAUCUCGGUUUCGGUUGAUGUGUUGAGACAGACGGAACUUGACCGUUUAACGGUUGUUCCAAAUGUUUCCACUGGGCCUGAAACGUCCGUGAUAGUAGAUGAUGAAGAGGAUGACAUCCUAGAUGGUCAGCUUCUCUCGGCUAUCAUUGGCAAUAUCUCAGAAGUAGACUUAGAAUACUCGGAGCUUAGUUCAGUCUAUGAUCUAAAAGCUUCAGCACGUGGUUCUCGGUCUUCAGCUGGAAAGAAGUCUCGUAGAUAUUGCAAGAGUUCUAAAUCUAAAAUAGUUUCUCAAUGA